UGCAAGACGUGCUGGCGAGACCGGGCAACGGAACGUGCGCGGACUGCGGCAAUCCAGUGAGUGGCCACAGAGGCUCCAGUCCGGGCCGUGCGCCCAGCGCUUGGUGCCGAGCCCGCCCAGGAUGCCUGUUCCUUGGCCCUGGUUACGGCUCCUCUGAGGACUGGCUGUUUGGGAGCAGCUUCUGGAGCCGAAGGCGCCCUCGCGGAAUUAGAUAGCAUUGUUCUGAGCGGAGGACACUUGAAGAGGGAUUUCAUUUUGUACAGAGGAUGUUAUCUCGUUGUGAAAUGAGCAGAGAGAAAUGGCGUUCAGCAUGAGCCGGACUGGGCGUCGCUGACUUUGGGUGUGUUUGUUUGCCAGGCCUGCUCGCUCCUUCACCGGAGCAUCCCCCACAUCAGCAGGGUCAAGUCUGUCCAGGACACGUGGGACGCCAGCGAUGUGGAGUUGAUGGCUACUACCGGAAACAAUGCAGCCAAGGCCAAGUACGAGCAGAAGGUUCCUGCUUUCUACUACAGACCAACACACACUGACUGCAAGAUGCUGAGGGAGCAGUGGAUCAGAGCCAAGUACGAGAGGAAUGAGUUUGAGUUCAUCGAAAAGCAGGAGCCUUACUCUGCAGGGUACAGAGAGGGGUUUCUAUGGAAACGAGGAAGAGACAACGGUCAGUUCUUCAGCCGAAGGUUCAUCCUGUCGGAGAGGGAGGGGGCGCUGAAAUACUUCAACAAGCAGGACGCCAGGGAUCCCAAGGCGCUGAUGAAGAUCGAGACCCUCAACGCCACCUUCCAACCGGCCAAGAUUGGCAACCCCUGCGGCCUGCAGAUCACCUACCUGAAAGACAACAGCACAAGGAACAUCUUCGUCUACCACAGUGAUGCUAAGGAGAUGAUCGACUGGUUCAACGCUAUCAGAGCGGCCAGGUUCCACUACCUACAGGUGGCCUUCCCUGGAGCGAGCGACGAGGAGCUGGUGCCCAAACUGACCCGAAACUUCAUGAAGGAAGGAUUCAUGGAGAAAACAGGACCAAAGCACACAGAGGGCUUCAAGAAGAGGUGGUUCACCAUGGACGACAGGAGACUCAUGUAUUUCAAAGACCCUCUGGACGCCUUCGCCCGGGGCGAGGUGUUCAUCGGCAGCAAGGAGAACAGCUACACCGUCCUGUCCGGCCUGCCCUCCUCCACACAGGGCCACCACUGGAACAACGGCAUCACCAUCGUCACACCGGACAGGAAGUUCCUGUUCGCCUGCGAGACCGAGGCCGAGCAACGGGAUUGGAUAGCUGCCUUCCAGAGGGUCAUCAAUCGGCCAAUGAGGCCGCAGGAAUACGCAGUGGAGGCCCAUUUCAAACACAAGCCUUGAAGACCGCAGGACGACCACAACUCAGCUGGACCGGCCCAGUCUCAUUCAGAUCCGAGAAAACAACCCCAGUGUGUGAGCAGACACCAUGGCUGGAGCGGGUGGGGUUUACGGGGGACAGGGGGGGGUGGGUUUUGGAGAUGAGAAAAGAUGAUGAAGAGGAGAAGACAGAGGGACUGGAGCCUAUCUAUGUGUGGAGAACUUGAACUCUUAACGGGGACCGAGGGCCCAUCGUGGGGUUGAGACGUCGGCGAAAGGGUAGAUGAUGUCAUCACUAUUGCGCCUACCUAACCUUUGUGCUAUACAUUUAUCACCAUACCUUUACCUCUGCCAUGUGGACCCUUUCCCUGCAACAACCCCCCCCUCCCCCUCCGCCUCUCAGAUUUCGUCUUGUGAAUGGUUCAUUCUCCCUGUAAUCUAAUGUAAUUAUGUAUUCUAGAGUCAUUUCACUGGUCGCUUAACAAAGACGAUGCAUUGUUAAUUUAUUGAAUGUACAGUUUUGAUGACAGUGGCUUACCGUGUGUGUGUGUGUGUGUGUAUGUGUGUGUGUGUGUGUGUGGAAUCGUGAUGUUUUUCGUUGAGGACGCUGUGAGGUUUGAACCUCUGGCACUGAGACCCUGUUAUAACCUGAAACCUACAAAGUGCUGUUAACAACAAAUAUGCAUAAACAAAAAACACACACACACACACAGACACAGACACACAGACACAAACUCUCAGUGAUCACCGUAGCUGUUAACGUAGCUGGAGGUGGCUGAUCUGCAUCCGGGCAGGGUUCUUUAACGACCUCGAUCUCGACAGCUGUUCUCUUAUUUAUUUGUACCGUCGACAGUUAUCGCUGCUUUAAAAGGAUUGUAAUGUGACAGGAUUGUAAUUUAUACAACACUUCUACUCUCCAACUGUUUUUAUUUACAUCGUGCAUCUUGUUUUUUAAAGACACAUUGUUGUGUUGACCCUCGAAUCACAGUGGCGGUUUGUUUCAUCAUGAACAUCAUAACAUGAAUACAGAUGAACCUGAAAUCAA